CAGCAAUCUUCAACAGUGGACGAUCCCCUGAAGCGUUGCCCAUCGAAUUUGGUUGGUCCACUGGUCAGAACUGGGGAAUAUACUUUACUACAGUUUACUAAUUCUGUUAGUAUUAACUUUUCCAUAAAAAUCGAAAGGCCUCGUGUAAAUCCUAUGAGAAACUUCCUUUUUUAUUUCCUUAACCAUAUAGUAACUAAUUAGUUGAAACAUCCAAAUUAGAUAUUGUUGAAAAUUGUAUUAAUUGUAGAAGUUCGCCGAUCUGUUGUGUAAAGUCCCACUUAUGGUCAAAAAUCUUGGUAAGUCAGGGAGAAUCGCAAACAGUGAUAAAUUUCAGUCAUCUCAACAUACCCAUUUUUCAAGAAUUAGAGAGGAUUUCAAGAAUUUGUCAAAAUCCUUCUAAAAUUCUCAAGAAAGAUGUAGUUAUGUUAAGAUUGUUAGACAGUUACUGCGUCAAAACAUUACCACCAAAUAUUCUUUAUCUGCCAGAUUUUAUCAAUGAAGAAGAAGAACAAGAACUACUAAAACAUAUUUAUUCUGCCCCAUUACCGAAGUGGGUUUCUCUACGUGGUAGACGCUUGCAAAAUUGGGGUGGUAUUCCUCAUGUUAAAGGAAUGUUAGUUGAAAACGUUCCACAGGUUUUUUAAUUCAUAUGAAUGAGUUAACAAUUUAGUCUAUUUAGUGGCUACAGAAGUACAUGGAUCGUGUUUCUGAAUUGUGUUUAUUUGAUAAUAACAACAACAAUAAGGCGAAUCAUGUUUUGGUGAAUGAAUAUGAACCAGGACAAGGUAUAUUUCCUCAUCAUGAUGGACCACUUUACUAUCCUGUUGUUGCUACAAUCAAUCUGAAUUCUUAUGGAAUUCUGGACUUUUAUGAGCCGUUGGAUACUUCUGCAGACCCACAAACAAAAUCAACGUUAUUUAAUGAUCGUUAUAUUGGCUCAGUUUAUUUGAAACCUCGUAGCUUAAAUAUUGUUACUGAAAAAAUGUAUACACAUUAUAUGCAUGGGAUUACUGAACGUACAACUGACUUAUUAAUAAAUUAUGAAGACUGUUUGAAACGUCCUGAGGAAUCGGUUGAAAAUGCUGCUGUUAUUCAUAAUUGGACUGCUAGCGAUUUGGGAAGUAUUCACUCACAGUUAUGUCAUCGUGGUAAACGUGUUUCAGUAACUAUACGCUAUGUGCCCAAUGUGAGUAAGAUCAACUGGAAUAAUUUAUUAUGCAGAAGUUAAACUGUUUCCACUUUAUUUACUAAUACAGCUGUUGUUAAUUA